AUGGAAUUUGAAAUUUUCGAUCCAUUCAGCGAAUUUAUUGUUAUUAAUGCUUAUUUCGUGGAAAAUAGUGCUGUUUUCUUUUUCGCUGUGGUGUAUUUAGUAGUACCAAAAAUCAUACAAAUAGAUAUAUUAAAAAUAUUAACUAAACAUAUUAAUGGAUUAUAUCAAUUAUGUGAUGGAAUAACGAUUGAUCACCCAGAUUAUAAAAAUAUAGAGGUUAAAACAUAUAUCGAUUCAAAUCAAUUGGUUUUAACAUUAUGUUUGGUGUGUAAAGAUUGGUUAGAUAUCACUUUAAAAAAUAUAAAUGUAUCGGUCAAUUUUAAUAAUGAAGCCCCUAAAUUAAAUUGUAAUUUUAAUAAUGACAAUAUAAAAAUUUUAAAAUUAAAUUAUUUCGAAAAAAAACAAAGAUUUUAUAACUUUUCAAAGAACCCUGAAGAAAGGAAAUUUAUAACACUUGAAAAACUAUCAAAAAAGCUUAAUGAAUAUCAAGGUUUAGAAAAAAUUAUAAUUAGAAAUUGUAUUCAUUCCUAUCAAAUCUAUAAACAAAAUCUAUACAAUGGUAAUGACAUAGAGCAUAGCCCAGAGGUUAUACGGAUGGUUAGAGAACUAAAAAAUAUAUUAGACUCCAAAGGAUAUAAAAAAAUAGAAAUUAUUUUAUUUUUAUUUAGAGUGGACACCUAUAGUUCGUUAGAGAUGAUUCGGGGUUUUUAUAAUUCAGUGUGUCAGAAUGUAAUGAAUAUAGCAAUUGUAAAUAGUAGUCGAAAUAAUGUUAAUGGUGAAGCAAUUAAAAUGUGGUAUAAAACUAUAAAGAAAAUUAUAGUUGUUGAUGAUACUAUAAGAUCUUGCAAUGUUCCAUAUCGAGAAUUAGUAGGCAAUACAGAUUAUAGACAAGAUAUCUAUGUUGGUGGAGACCAGUUUGAUGGUGAUGGAACAAACUAUUUAGAAUAUAUAAGGGACUUUAAAAUUGAAAUGAAUAGUUUUUUAUAUAAAGAGUUAGCUUUAAUUUUAAAAUAUUCACCAAAUUUGGAAAAAAUUAGUUUAAAAUUAUGUAUUAAGAGUUUAAUUUAUUAUUUAUCAAACGAAAAUGAUCUGGACAGGUUAAAACUUAAACUUUGCACAUGUUCUCCCAUAUUUGUAUCAAACUCAAAAUUAGAAAGAUUUAAUAUAAACGAUAAAGUGUUGUUCCAAACUUAUUGGGAAGAUAUUUGUGCAUCUUUAAAAAAUCAUAAGAAUUUAAAUCACAUUACUUUAAAUCAUUCAUGUUUCAUGGCCUAUAUAGAUAAGGUACCAUCGCAAUCAUUUGUUUGUGAAUUUAUUUCAAUGCUAUCAAAUACCCAAAGUUUAAAAUCAUUCUCUCUAUCAGGGUUUAAUAAUGAACCACCACUCGAAAUUUCCCAAUUUAAAGACAUUAAUCAAGAUAUCGAAAAAACAGUUACACAAUACUUUUUCCCAAAAGAUAAUAAUAAUAGAAGUAAUAGUAAUAAUAUCAGCUGGUUUAUUUAA